AUAUUUUGAAUUUUCAUGAAAAAAAAGAAAGUGUAAAGAGAAACCGUGUACUUCAUUGUUUAGGGAGUUUAACUAGUGUUGAAACUCCGAAGCUAGAACUGACCGACCAGUCGACCACACGUGGACUUGAUGAUCCAUCCUCAGAACUCAACUUAACAAUACAAAGCACCACAAAACUAACACUUCCCAAAUCGUAAUGAAAACAAAAACGGUUAAAGGAAAUUGGAGCUUCAGAACGAACAAACUCACUUUCCCUUACGUUUUCCUCAUAUGCAUCUUCUUCUUCCUCGCUGGUUUCUUCGGUUCUACUCUCUUCUCUCACUCUCAGGACGGUGAUGGAUAUGGCUUGCGGCCGAGACCGAGAUCGAGACUGCUUGAAUCGAGGAAGGAGGGGAAGUAUAAUUUGAUGACUGCUGGAGAGUUUGGUGAUGAUUCCAUUACAUCGAUUCCUUUCCAGGUUUUGAGCUGGAAGCCACGAGCUCUGUAUUUUCCUAAUUUUGCGACUGCUGAACAAUGUGAAAGCAUAGUUUCUGUAGCAAAGGCAGGCCUCAAACCAUCAUCUUUGGCUUUGCGCAAGGGAGAAACUGCGGAGAAUACCAAGGGAAUUAGAACAAGCUCUGGUGUGUUUAUUAGUGCUUCUGAGGAUAAUACAGGGACUUUAGAUGUCAUUGAGGAGAAAAUUGCGAGAGCAACAAUGAUUCCUAGGAGUCAUGGAGAGGCAUUUAAUAUUCUACGCUAUGAUAUUGGUCAAAGAUAUAAUUCACAUUAUGAUGCGUUCAAUCCUGCUGAAUAUGGCCCACAAAAGAGCCAAAGGAUGGCUUCAUUUUUGCUGUAUUUAACUGAUGUUCAAGAAGGUGGUGAGACUAUGUUUCCAUUUGAGAAUGGCUUGAACAUGGAUGGUAGCUAUGGCUACGAAGACUGCAUUGGUUUAAGAGUAAAGCCAAGACAGGGGGAUGGACUUCUGUUUUAUUCAUUGCUCCCCAACGGCACAAUUGAUCCGACAUCACUCCAUGGGAGCUGCCCUGUGAUAAAAGGGCAGAAGUGGGUGGCUACGAAGUGGAUAAGAAAUGAAGAACAAGAUGAUUAGAUAAUUGGCCCCUGCAAUUCAGAUUCUGUCUUAUACAGGGUGAUUAUCUUCCCAUGGUGUAAUUUAUGGUUAGAUCAGAUGAAUAAUCAAGGGAAAUAUUUGAUCAGAUCAGAUGUUCAAAGUGUAUAACAAGAGUAAUUUUUUGUUGAAUGCAUUCGCUAGUAGGCCAGAAUUGAAUUGAGCAGGCACAAUUGGGCCAUACUUUACAACUUUUUAAACUCGAGUGUCUAAUUUGAGAUUUUUUUCUCUCCCC